CUGCAGGUUACACACACGUCUUGCGCCGAUCGACGCGCUCUAUUGCAAUAAUGGCUAGAUAUAACGGGGUAAAUUUGCCAGCGCGCUUUGUAUACGUACAAGUGUUUAGCUCGAGUGUUUUGCUUGUUCCGCUCUGGCUCUCUGAUGCCGCUACUUCCUCUAUAAGCAGUCGGCCGAAUAAUUAGAGCUUGCCGGAUAAUCUCGUGCAUCGCAGUAGUGGUAUGUAUUACGAUUUCGAUGUUUCGUGUUCAUUCGAAAUGUGUAGGCAAUCUUUAUUUUAUAAUGAGAAUGCGCAGAUGAGCAAUGUAAUUUCUGAUUAUCGGAUUAUUACUGUAUUUAAAUUUCGCGCGCUACUUUCAAAAGGUAUCAAAUAUAUAAACUUGGCAACGUCUCAAAAGAAAAAAUGUCUGCACAGCCGGCAUCGCUGUCAGCUUUCAGCUUUCUUUCGGCUUCUUGCGCGAGUUGGCUGUUGAUGGAUAGCGCUCUCGUCGUCGCCGUUUGUUUGUUUUCAUCAGUACUGAUCAGUACUUGCUCUCUGGCCUAUGAUGCUGUGACGCGACCGUUUAACUCAUCGCGAUAUAAGACUAAUUAAAUUCGAGUAAUUUUACCUACCGUUAAAUCUGUCGAAAGUACAUAUAGAUACAAUUAUUAUAACUUGAAGUAUGUACGUUGAAACUAACCUUCAAGCACAUCAAAAGACCUGUUGAUCGUUACUGCUGUAUCGUUAUUGCCAACGUACCCCUUUAUCAGCUUUGUCAACAAUAACACUUCAUUUGUAAUGCUUCAGAAAUAGACGAUGGAUAUACACCAGUACAUCGAAUCGCAAACCCGCAAUAACGAAGACCAAAAAUUUAAAAGUAAGCCGAAAUUCAAAAAAGUUAAAAAGGAUAAAAAGCCCAAAAAGUCUCCUCAGGAAAAGGGAGAGAGACCCGUAAUGUUGGACAUAAGCAAUACAGAGUCAGUUAGCGAUGAACAAAAUUCAAAACCAAGGAGAUCCAAAAAAAAGUCAACCCCACAACAGCCAAUUGCAAGUCAAGACAGUAUUGAAACGACUACUCCCGUCAGACAACAGUUUUGCGAAAUAAUACCGAGUGUAAGAGAGGUAAGCGGAGGUUAUAAUACCCAAAGCAAUGAGGUCAUUGAGAAGCGACACAGAGCAAAUCAAAAGCAAUUACGAAUGUCCGAAGAGAGUGGUAAUGUAAGAAAUGCACCUUCACUGGAUGCUACAGGGACCACAUUCUCUUCAGAGACAACCGACUCUUAUAAAACAGCUCUGCAAGAUUCCUUGAAUACAAGACCUCUUGAUCAACGACAAAAUACAAGUACGGGUAUAAAAGACAAUCUUUUAGAAAGAUACAAGAAAAAUGCUUUAAUCAAAGGUCUAUUAAAAGAUGCUGCUAAUAACUACCCUGACAAAGAUGAAUCAUCCACGGAGUGUUCAUCAGAUUUCAUGGACGCUUCUGCAUCCAUGAACGAUAUACAAAUAGAAAUGGGACGUUUGAAUAUCAAAUCAGAUAAGGACAACAUGUCUGACGAACUAAUAGUUAGACUACUUCAAAGUAAAGAAGAUGAAGAUGUGUACGAACAUCCCUUAAGACAUGUUCGUAACGAUCCUGAGUGGAGAAGACGCCGGUUACAACGUCAAGGUAUAGAAGUAACUCAAACUCCAAAAGAUUAUUUCAUGAAUCUCGAUGAUGACAAUUUUGUUUUUGACACGAAAAAAUAACGAGCGGUUUGUUUAAAUAUGAUUAGGAUACUUCAAUUUAAGUACAAUGAUUUUUUCAAUUCAUGAUUUGAAUUUUGUUAUUUCAAAAGUUACUCGCAAUUACACCUUUUUUGAAUUUUUUGUACUUAAUUAGGCAUUAUUUUAUAAUUAGAUUUUUCAAUUUUCAAAUUUUAUUUAGUUCUGCUUAGUAACUAAAAGAAUUUACUUGUUUUUAUUAUUAUUAUUAUUAUUUUUUUAAUAGAAACACUAGCUAUGAUUUUUAUCGCAUCAAUGAACUUUAUUAUCAUCAAAUUACAGGAAAUAAUUUUGCUGUAUUACGCAAUUAAUCAAUAAAUUGUUAGGUUGGCUCGAUCUCUAAUAUUGUAGGAGCGCGUAGGUAGAAUUUCAUAGUCAAUUAUGACUUGAAUUCAAAAUACUUUGUGGAGAACAGUGAAAACUUAUGAGGUUCUUUAAUGCGCAGAUUUUUAUAGUUCCUGAUAAAAAGUACAAACUGCUACGUAGGUACUUUAACAGAUUGACAGAUUAGACUAAACUUUUAUGGCUUAUUAAGUAUUGAAAUCGGGUAGGUAAAUGAUACUGUGGUAAAACGUUACCUUUGCUCGAUCGACUUUUGUUAGAGCUGUUAGUUGAUUUUCUAUGAUCGUAAACAAAGAUUUUAUUAUUAAUUUGACGCUACCGUGCUCCCUUAUAAACGUUUGAGGAAAACCCUUCGAAAACGUAGUAGCUAACCGUGUUUUACGAAUUUUUUAGAAAUACUCGGGUGAAAAUCUUCAAAUUAUUCAUGAUUUUUCGUAACUGGAAGCAUUCAACAGCGAUACGAUAAAAUCACGCAAAUUACGCGUAGUUAUCAAUAAUCUCCGUUUCCUUUGGAACGUAAUUUUGGCCACCUGUGUUAAUAGAGUCGUGCGAAAUUUAAUUCGAAUCAUUAAAUUAGUCGCGUUGGGACAGCUGUAGAGAUAAGGCCGAGCUUAAAUUUAGCAAAUCUAUAUCGGAAAGUAACGUACCUGCUGCCCGUCAUCCGAAGGAUUUAUUUAUAUAUUCGAGCAAAGAUCAUCUACAUGUGUGCUGAUGUAAAACAUUCACUCAGCAUUGAUGAUUUAUGGGUAUUUCACAAAGGAUAUCCUUUUCCUGUACCUACAUAUCUGCAGUACCAGUAUUGAAUAAGUGAAUUUCGUUAGGCGUACGUAGAUUGUAAAGGGCUGCACGGUGGCGUUCGUGGCAAGUAUCGGGAUCUGACUAAUAAACAUUUGUAACUAAGAAAAGUUUUUUUUUUCGUUUAAAAUUGGUUGGCAAUGUUGUCGUUUCCGUUACUCUACACAACUUUCUUUCGCAAGAGCUAAGGCAAACUGUGAUACAGACUUUAACGAACAAUGUACAGAGAAUUUUCCAGAGACGUAAUAUAUUUAUAUCAAUGUUGCUCAUUAUUAUUGUUUACACAUUUAACGCUAUAUCGAUGCAAUAGUUACAAGUCUACAAAAAAAAAUAUAUAUAUAUAUAUAUAUAUUGUACACACAUUGAUAAUAAAUUUCGCACUUUUUGAAGCAUAAA